AUGAGCGGACUGACGCGAUGGUGCGUGAACACCAUCAUCCGUGUUUGGGAAAGGACGAAGAACACCGCCAAACUUGUCUACAACGUCGGGGAUCAGCUGCGCAUCGUGUACAACACCGCCAACAGCCACGAUGAGCGCAAGCGCGACUUUGACGCCACCGUGCUGCGAGCCGGCGGCUUCAUAGCCGCGACGGUACUCUGCGUCAUUGUGGACGCGCAGGGCGGUGUACCCAACACGCUGCGAUGGCUGCGUGCUCUUGUGACGACGGAGAACCACGCUAGCAGCGGUGCUGUGGAUGCUGCGGCCCCCACCGUGGCCACGCUGUAG